CAGGAGGGGGCGGGGCCUGCUCAUUCCGUCGAAGCCGCCCUCGACGCCGGUGGUUGUGGCUGUUCCUCCGUCAUGUUUUCCCUCAAGGCGCCCAAGGCCACCUUCCGGUCCUACCUUUUGCCUCAGGCUGAAGAGAAGAUCACGCCCGAGCCCAGGCUUAAGAAGUUGGAGCCCAUUCUUUUGCCAGGUGAAAUUGUGGUGAACGAAGUGAACUUUGUGCGGAAAUGCAUCGCAACGGACACCAGCCAGUACGAUCUCUGGGGGAAACUGGUUUGCACCAAUUUCAAGAUCUCCUUCAUUACGGAUGACCCCAUGCCCCUUCAGAAGUUCCAGUACAGGAACCUUCUCCUCGGAGAGCACGAUGUUGCAUUAACAUGCAUUGAGCAAAUCGUCACAGUGAAUGAUACGAAGAGGAAGCAGAAAGUCCUGGGGCCAAAUCAAAAGCUUAAGUUUAAUCCAACGGAGCUGAUCAUUUACUGCAAAGACUUCCGUAUCGUCCGGUUUCGUUUCGAUGAAGCAGGACCAGAAAGUGCAAAAAAGGUGUGCCUUGCCAUCGCCCAUUAUUCCCAGCCAGCGGAUCUCCAGCUCCUCUUUGCCUUUGAGUAUGUGAGCAAGAAGUACAAUAACCCAGCCAAAAAGGUGAAUGGCUUAGACCCUGGAGGAGGUGGUGGCGGCCCUCAGACCCCGUUGUUUGAAACCUACUCCGACUGGGAUCGAGAGAUCAAGAGAACCGGAGCCUCCGAAUGGCGCGUCUGUUCCGUCAACGAAGGCUACAUGAUCUCUACCUGCCUUCCAGAGUACUUUGUGGUGCCUUCGUCUUUGGCGGAUCAAGACCUAAAGCUGUAUUCCCACUCCUUCAUUGGGAGACGGAUGCCGAUGUGGUGCUGGAACCAUUCCAAUGGAAGCGCCCUCGUGAGAAUGGCCCACAUCAAGGAUUCUUUGCAGCAGCGGAAGAUUGAUCAACGGAUUUCCAAUGCUGUCACCCGAAGCCACCCGCAGAGGAGCGACGUUUACAAAUCUGACUUGGACAAAGCUUUGCCAAACAUCCAAGAAAUCCAGUCUGCCUUUCUCAAACUCAAGCAGUUGUGUGUGAACGAGCCAUUCGAAGAAACUGAGGAGAAAUGGUUGUCCUUGCUGGAUAAUUCCCAUUGGCUUGAGUAUGUCAGGCUUUUCCUGAAGCAUUCUGCAGAGCUUGUCUACAUGUUGGACAGCAAGCGUGUUUCAGUAGUUUUGCAAGAGGAGGAAGGACGGGACCUGAGCUGCUGCGUGGCUUCCCUGGUUCAAGUGAUGCUGGACCCCUUCUUCCGGACCAUGGUUGGCUUCCAGAGCCUGGUUCAGAAGGAGUGGGUCAUGGCCGGAUACCCGUUUCUGGAUCGGUGCAACCACCUCAAGAAAUCCGACAAAGAGUCUCCCUUGUUCUUGCUGUUCCUGGACUGCGUUUGGCAACUGCUGGAGCAAUACCCCUCUGCCUUCGAAUUCUCCGAAGCGUACUUGACGAUCCUGUACGACAGCACGCGGAUCUCCUUGUUCGGCACCUUCCUCUUCAACUCUCCGCACCAGCGAGUCAAGCAGAGCACGGAAUUUGCCAUCAGCAAAAACAUCCAGCUGGGCGACGAGAAAGGCCUGAAAUUCCCUUCCGUUUGGGACUGGUCUCUGCAGCACACGGCGAGGGACCGCAUGCUCUUCCACAACCCCUGGUACAUCGGGAAGAACGCGCCCUGCGUCCAGAACGGGGCCGUGAAAUCCUUCAAGCGGACAAAGAAGAACUACAGUUCGACGCUCCGAGGCCUCCCGCCGUCCCUCAAAAACGGGAUCAUCGGCGAGCAAGACUUCCUCCCGCGGAGAAACUCCCUCAUCCUCAAGCUGAAGCCGGACUUCCUCCUCCACCACGCAGACAACGACAACGCCAACGGCACGGAGCAGUAUUUCCGGGAGUGGUUCUCCAAGCCUCCCGACCUGCACGGCGUCCUCCUUCCGCGCCUCUCCGGGACGCAGAUCAAACUCUGGAAGCUCUGCUACUUCCGAUGGGUCCCGGAGGCCCAGAUCAGCAGCGGCGGCUUCAUCACGGCCUUCCACAAAAUCUCCUUGCUGGCGGACGAGGUGGAGGCCUUGAACCGGAGCCUGCGGCGGCACCACGGGGUCCCGCCGUCGCUGGCCGAGCUGGACCAGAGCCGGAUGUAUUUCCGGGCGGCCGAGCGCAACGACUCGUCCGCCAGCCCCGAGUUCCUCUCGUCCUCCUUCCCCUUCUCGCCCGUCGGGAACCUCUGCCGGCGGAGUAUUUUGGGGACGCCGCUGAGCAAAUUCCUGAGCGGGGCCAAAAUCUGGUUGUCCACAGAGACGCUGGCCAACGAGGAUUGAUACCUUCAGGAUGAGGGAUGAGGACUAGCACCUUGACGCCACACUGCGGAACCACAGCACCGGAAGCUGUAAUAACUUUAUAUAUACUAAGGCAGGUCUGAGAAAGCUUUGGCCUUCCUUCCAGGUGUUUUGGACUGCAACUCCCAGCAUUCCUAACAGCCUCAGGCCCCUUCCUUUUCCCCCUCCGCCGCUUAAGCGGCGGAGGGGGAAAAGGAAAGGGCCCGAGGCUGUUAGGAAUGCUGGGAGUUGUAGUCCAAAACACCUCGAGGGCUGAAGUUUGCCCAUGCCUAUACUAAGGUUACCUUUGGAGUGUAUCACGCUAUGCUGUUAUUUCACUUUCAUGGGAUUUGCUGUAUAGGGGAAGGCCUUUCUGAUUCUCAACCAGAGAGAUCCCGGGCUUUCAAAACUACAAAUCCCAGAACCUCCCCUUCCAGGAGGCAGCCAUAGGAUUUAAAGUGUGGAAUAGCAGCACUUUUUUAAACAGCAUAGCGCGAUAAUAUUCUCCUUUGUUUUUGCACAAAGUAUUUUAAAAAGUCUCAUGCUUUCAAAACCGCACAACCUUUUUUUCCCCUGAUCUCAAAUCUAGUCUUUCUUUUUAAGCAGCGGUUCCCAACCUUUGGGCCUCCAGGUGUUUUGGACUUCAUCUCCCACGCUUCCUAACAAGCUGGGAUUUCUGGGAGUUGAAGUCCAAAACACCUGGAGGCUCAAAGGUUGGGAACCACUGUUGUAAAGCCAUUCUUCCUGCACUCAUAUAUAUACGAGGGUUAUCCAGAAAGUAGAUUACGUUUUGGAAUUAAAAAUGAACAAAGUAUAGGAGAAAAUAUUUACCAUUUUUAGUUGAAAGCCACACCCAAAUACCGCUUCUCAACAUAGUCGUCAUUCAAAUCUAGGCACUGAUCGUAGCGAUGAAUGAGCUUGGCAACUCCUUCCCCACAAAACUCUGCCGCUUACAUCCUCAAAAAGUAUAGGAGAAAAUAUUUACCAUAUGCAGUUGAAAGCCAGACCCAAAUACCGCUUCUCAACAUAGUCGCCAUUCAAAUCUAGGCACUGAUCAUAGCGAUGAAUGAGCUUGGCAACUCCUUCCCCACAAAACUCUACCACUUGCGUCCUCAAAAAGUAUAGGAGAAAAUAUUUACCAUAUGCAGUUGAAAGCCACACCCAAAUACCGCUUCUCAACAUAGUCGCCAUUCAAAUCUAGGCACUUCUCAUAGCGAUGAAUGAGCUUGGCAACUCCUUCCCCACAAAACUCUGCCACUUGCGUCCUCAACCAGUUGGUCACCCCUUUCCGCAGCUGCGCAUUGUCGCCAAAACGCCGCGUUGAGGACGCAAGUGGCAGCGUUUUGUGGGGAAGGAGUUGCCAAGCUCAUUCAUCGCUAUGAUAAAUGCCUAGAUUUGAAUGGCAACUAUGUUGAAAAGUGGUAUUUGGGUGUGGCUUUCAACUGCAAAUGGCAAAUGUUUUCUCCUAUACUUUGUUCAUUUUUAAUUCCAAAACGUAAUCUACUCUCUGGAUAACCCUCGUAUAUAUCAUUUUUCAAGGUUGUUUUUUUUUCCCCCAUCCCAGCAAAGGCUUUAUUGUGGUGGAUCAUUUCAGUUCCUUUGCUCUGUGAUGAAUCUCCUCUUCCCACUUUGCUGACGGAAGCAAGUCUCUCACCGUCAGCUUGCACUGAUGAAUAGAUGAAGACAGAGAGCGGAGGGGGAGAAAAAGAGAAGCAGAUUUGCAGGGUCAGGUUUGAUUGCCCUUAUAUUGGUCGACAAAUUGCAGAUUUAUGGCAUGAGCCGGCCGAGGCGAGGCACUUUAAACACCCAUUGAUUUCCACAGUACUUCUAAAAUAUCCUUCUCCCUUGAAAUGUAUUAGAUUUAAAAGCAUUUACUUUUGAAUGCGCCAAUAUGGGCAUGAUCUGGUUUCACCCUGCAAGUCUGCUUUUUUUUCCCAUCCUCUUUCAUGCAUCCAAGGCUUCCUUUUUAGUUUAUAAAGCAGAGAAAUAGUGUUGCCGGAGGCUUUCAUGGCCAGAAUCACAAGGUUGUUGUGUGUUUUCCAGGCUGUAUGGCCAUGUUCCAGAAGUAUUCCCUCCUUAUGUUUCGCCCACAUCUAUGGCAGGCAUCCUCAGAGGUUGUGAGAUAUAUGCCUGCCAUAGAUGUAGGCGAAAGGUCAGGAGAGAAUACUUCUGGAACAUGACCAUACAGCUCGGAAAAUACACAACAACCCAGAGAAAUAGUGUUGGCUUAUGACAUUGCAUUGAGUCCCCCUCAUUGUUUGCUGUUGUUUAUCAAAGCCAGUUUCUGCACAUUUUGUCAUUUUAGAUCCAAAAUAGAUCUUCAGGAAGGGAUUUGGAAGUUAUCUAGAGUCCAAAAUAGUUUCAGGGCAGGCGGAGGAAUGCUUACCCUCAACUCCAGGGAGCAUCUAAGGGGGAAAUUUGUUUAUUUGGCUUUUUCAAAAGGUCUUUGCUAGUGGUUUUCAACCUGUGGGUCCCCAGGUGUUUUGGCCUACAACUCCCAGAUAGCCCAGUGAGUUUCCCAGCUGUUAGAAUUUCUGAGAAGGCCAAAACAUCUGGGGACCCACUGACCUAUGGCCUCUGUAGGCUCCAUUUUCCUGGUUUAAGGUAUCUUUAUGGAAGUACGGGAUGUGCCACUGAUGGCUGAUACUCAUAAAACCCUGUCGCCACAAUUUCUGCUUCCUUCUCAUGAGGAAAAUCCCCCUUUUGCUUUGGCUUCACUCAUAACCUGGGCUAAAGGGGAAUCUGGAUUGCUUUCACUGUGGUUCUGAAGGCAGAAUUUGGCUGCUAAGGUCAUUACAAUUUGCACAAACCCCAAACCAGGCAUGCCGGCGGUAGCCUUAGAAGUGCCUUUCGUUGCCUUGAAAGUCUUUUUUAUUUUUUAAACUUGGAAUAUAAUUAUUUGAGAAGCUCAUAUUCUACCCAGUUGCCAGGUUCGCAAUCAUAUAAUCAUUUACGGACAUUAACAAAAGGCACGAUCUUUCGAGCAUCAAAGGAAACCUUGGUGUCAGAAUAGGGCUAACUGAGCUGUACCUGGUGGGAAACCUUUUCUUUCACCUCCCGAUGUUUCCAUUCUUGCCUACUGAACCCUUAGCCCAUAAAGGGCCAACGGAGGUGGACUGGUUACACUGGAAAAUCACGACACCUUUCUCUCCUUAUAACCAAGGGAGCACGGUUCACGUUUUGUAUGUGUCCUGACUUUUCAUCCUUUUUUAUAAACCGCUGUAUGAACUUUACUGAGGUGGGUCUGCUCCUGACACCUAAAAGUCUUAACCGUGUUUGAGAUGUAAUAAUUUUUGCUAAAGUGAGAUGAAUAUAUUUUGCAAAAUAGGAAAAGUUACUUGGUAAGAUGUUGGAACUGUUGAGAUGUGUUGCAUAAUAUAACCCAGGCAUGGGCAAACUUGGGCCCUCCAGGUGUUUUGGACUGCAACUCCCACCAUUCCUAAGAGCCUCAGGCCCUUUCCUUUCCCCCUCAGCCGCCUCAGUUCUCUUGUGAAACUGGGGAGUUUUCCCGAGAAGCCAGAUUAGGUUUGAGAACGGAGGGAGUGAAGAAUAGACUAAUUAGGCGUUCUGAGAGAAUCCGUGAGAAGUCCUUGAAGCCCAGGUGCGUCUGGCAUCUCAUGGCCUGAGGCUGUUAGGAAUGGUGGGAAUUGCAGUCCAAAACACCUCGACGGCCCAAGCUUGCCCAUGCCUGAUAGAACCUGAACAAAGCCCCCCCCCCCCUUUUGCAAUUUUGUUAACUAUGUCUUUUGUAGCUGACAACCUUUUCUUAUCCUUUUUGGUGUUUCAGACGUUUGCCUUUUCAAAAUAGCUGCCUAUCAACUGCCCUUAAACCAAAUGGAGUAGAGAGGAUUUUUAUAGCUGCAGUGAGAGAAUGAAAGCAAAAGAAGACUAGGUAGGAAAGAAAGCUUUUUCCCCCCCAGUUUAAUAGUGAAGUAAGAAUGCUGAGCAGCAAAAAAUGCGGGCGUCUGUAAUAGAGCCGCCGGUGGUGGAAUGGCCCCUUUAAGGAUUGUGAAAGGUAGGUAAUAGAAAGAAUUGGCAAAGUGGGCAUUGAUUUGCAUCCUCUCUGCAUCUGAUCCCAUGGAUUUGGCACAUUGCAGAAAGAAUGCAGAUUGGCACCGCUUUAACUGCCACGGGAUCAUGGGAGCUUUAUUUUGGCCAGCACUCUUUCACAGAGAAGGCAAAAGGCCUUGCGAAAUUAUAAAUUCCUUAACACUGAACCAUGGCAAAUAAAGCGAUAUCUAUCUGAAUUAAUAGCUCAAAGGACAAUAAAAACUGCCUUACUGUCUUCCUGAAAGGCCUGGAUGGUCACCUCCCACCACCUUCUCCUCUUUAUAUACAGUUUUCUCCUUCUAAAGGGCUCUUUCGGAACCAGGUACUUUACAUUUGAUUUAUAUAUAGAUAUAUAUACAAAUAUAGGAAAAGCAUAGCUUAUUUUUGUAUCUUCCCCACCUCCUCAAAUCAGCCCUUAAGGGAGCCCUAGUUCAUAUAAUACCACACCAAAGGGGAUCUUUUGCUCCUCGUUGUGGUCCAAGCGGAAGCCGACUGUUACGUGAUUUCACAUAGAAGUGCAAUUAUACUUCAUUCUUUUGCGUAGGUCAUGAACCAAAGAGGAGCCACUGGAAGAGUACGGUUCAAUAGGCAGCCUGUUUCAGUAUUGGUUGUUAAUAGAGUUCUCCUCCCCGUCCCUUUAUUUUUGGCUGUUAAAUCUCCAAAGAAAAGGCAUCCCGUGAAAGCCAAGCUGGGCUUCCCGAAGGCAAAGUUUGGCUAUCACUGGGAGCUCUGCUUUUCUGACUUUGGUGGGAAAAAUAAAAAGAGUUUGGAAGGAAAUCUUCAGCCUUGAUGCCUAGCCAUGCCUUACUCAAGCAAUGUCGAGCGGGCAGGGACGAGCGCAGCCCUGCCACGGUUGUGAAUGUGAAGUAAAACAGAUUUAAUAAAUUAAAAACCAACCCCUUUC